UCCAUCAUAAGGAUUAUCUUACUUAAAAUACUGUGAAAAUAUCAAUACAACAUGUCAUUUUUCGCUUGUUGUUUUCGAAGGCGAAACAGACACACGACGGAUGACGAUCAGCACGCGCUGCACGAACCCCCGGAGAUUUCGUGGGAGAACAGCCUGGGCUCGCCAAACGGUGUCCCAUUCGACGAGGCGACGAAGGAGCUGCUGCACGAGUGUCUCGAGGCGAAGCAGCCCUUCCCGACUACGCUCACCGAGAUCAUCAAGCGCAGCGAGGGCUUCCCUGUGCCCUUCCCCGUCAACGCCGUGCGCUCCUGCGCCUUCAGGGACCGUGGCCUUGGCAUGGACGCGCUCGAGUUCAACGCUAACUCGGCCUAUCCCCUCAUUCACGAGGCGACACUGCCCCUGAUCGCAGGCUGGCUGAAAUACAAGCGCCAGUACGGGAGCGCGAUCGAGAGAUCGCUCUACCGGGACAUGGGCCUGGUGCAGCUCAUUCAGCGACUACUCGAGAAGAGGGCCUUGCAGUUCUACGGCUCGGACGAUCGCUACUGCCUCGUCGACGGCAGCUCGGGCAACGGGGGCUGGGAGGACGUGGGCACCGAGAUGGAGAAGGAGCCGUUGAUCCUGGCGUCGUGUCUCUCGUACGACGAAAUGAAGCUAUCGGCUACGAUAAUCGUUUCCUCGCACACUGAAUUCAUCAAUGACGGCUCCCGGGAGAACAGAGGCGUCGUCUGCGACGAUCUCGACUACAUACAGCCUCGUGGCGUUGAAAUGAGCGUGGUGGGAAGUAGGUUAGAGAGACCUCGUGUUAUGGAAUAUCAGGAUAUACUUGUUACGCAUCUGCAGAAUAAUAUGGACAAUGGCUACGGCCCUCCAGUCGAAGGCACGACCGAAGAGAAACGCGGUCUACGGUGCGUAUGGGCAAGAUUCUACGGAGACGACUAUCUUCUGAUAUACGACGAGGCAAUGCGGCGAGUAAAAUUGAGAGAUAAGAGAUACGUACCAUUGACGGGUCAAAUAAUAUUUGACGCCGAAAAUUAUAUGAAGAGAACAUUAAUGUCCGUUGAAAUGAUUCUGCUCGAAGCUAACACUCGAGCCGAAAAGCACAAUACAACGGCAUAUUUGCAUGUUGUAGGCUUCGGACUAGGAGUAUGGAAGAUAAUUCACGACCAAGAGGUCUAUUUUUUGAAGACUUUCGAAAUCGCAUUGCGCAAGAUGAACAAGAAAUUGAGAUACGUGUCGGACAUUAUGUUUUCGUAUUUCCGCCAGCAGAAGUGCGGCGGAGCCGGCAAUGGGGAUUAUCUCGGUGAUAUCAGAAUCCAUUUCGCUUUGCGGGAGCCUCAAACGAAACUGUUUCGCUCCAGUGACGCCAAUAAAUUGUUAAUUGUUACCUAUGCCGCUGAUGGAAAUUCUUAUCCAGGAAAUGAAUUCUGGGGCAAUUAUCUGACAGCAAGCGGCGAGCCCGCGGCAGCUUGCAGCACGCAAAUAUCGGAGCUGCACAAUCCUCGUAUCAACCCACGUGCAUGCGGCGCCAAUUUGCACGUAGCCUCCCUCGAGCACGGCAUCGUACACAUCGGAGACUACGCGAAACUUCAUCUUACGUAGGGCCAGGUCAGCCCUCCGGGUACGGACCAGCAGUCGAGGCGACCCUCGAGGUCGCCGCGUAACCAACGGAGUCGCAGCGCCGACGUCGACUGCCUGAAAAAGUACAUGGAGCGGAGGGUCGAGAUGCGCCGCCACACGGAGGCUGGCGAGACCUCCCACUGGAUACCCUUGACGACCAAGAGCCCCGUGCGACCCUACGUACCGACCAAGGAUAACUCCUCGUCCUGUACCAACGGACCAGCCGGUGCUAAGGGCAGCCUCGC